AUGCCGGGAGGAGGACGACGGCAGCAGGAGGGGUUGCUCUUGUUGCUUCCGGCAUUAGCGGUCAUCAAUCUACUCCCUAGCACAUACUUGGAUGUGCAGUCGGUCUUUACAGGCGGGUGGAGACCGUCGCUGAUUGCUCUCGCCUUGCUCGUCGUCGCCUCAGCAGUUCACCUGAUCUGGUGGACAGUUCGGUGGUAUGUGACAUCACCUCUAAUAAAAAGUCUUCAGCAAUCGUAUAAAAACUGGAGAAAUGAUACCGCGACUGUGACAUGCUUUUACUGCAAUCAGAACGUCAUCCUUCCCAAGGAACGACUUGCGGUUAUGGGGGGUCAAAGCUGGUACUGCGAUCUGUGCUCGAGUUGGAAUGGGGAUGAAAGUAUCGGGCGGCGAAGACCGGGGCAACCAAGCACCAUGACUACGAGCUUGAGAGAUCGAGCCGUUGACGUAUCCACCCGACCUGCAUUCUGUCAAGUCUGCAUACAGAAUCAGAAUCUGGUCAUGCGCCUCGUUGCAGAGUAUGAUCCAGGAGACGAGGACUAUUUUAAUGAAACUGUGGAAGAUUACAAACGACAACUGGAGAAGAAAUAUCCUCCAGUGUGUCCACUCUGCGCCGACAACGUCCAAGCCUCUCUGCACAGCUCCUACGAAAAGAUGAAGCAUCACUUACUGUACCAAUCACUAAAGUCGUCACAGCAGUGGCGAUCCGCCGCCGAUUCAUCGCGAAUAUGGAUCAACAUGGAAAGUUUACCCUAUCUGUGGGCGACUGCGAUGUUGUGUCUAGGCGCCAGUAUCAUCGCUAUGUUGGCGCUCCAUAUUUAUGGUGUCCUUUACCCAAUUUCAUUUAAUCAUGCCGGGUGCACAUGGUCGCCUGGUACUGGCACCCCCCUUCCAACCUGGCGCUCUCUAUGGGGAUUAGACUGUCUCUUUCGCUUUCCCAUGAGCUCAUCCGACAGCGUACAAUGUUUGUGUACUUGUCUGCUUCCAUUGUCAUGGCUCAACGCUCUGUCUGCACCGGCCAUUGUGAUGAAUCCCUUGUGGAUCACACGACCGAGAAUGAAUGCAAAGAUACGGAAUCAGAACGAGUAUCAGUGGCUGCAGCUUGAGUUGUUUGCGUUAAGAACCUUGGCACUCUACAUUGUGCGUGGUGUAUGGAGUCCGGUUGCGACGCUCACUAUUCAUGGCUUUUUCCUUGUGGUAUCUAUCACGUUGCUAUAUCAGAGUGCCUGUACAUUACGUGUUAUAGAACCCGCCCGUAUCAAUAUGAUGCCGCCGGCACCUCUGAAAGUGAAUAUUGAUCAGAAGGCAGAUGCACAAUUACCUGAGCAAGGUAAUGGAUACCCCAAAGGAAGCGGUUUCGUCUGGUUUUGGAAGCGGGGGCGGGAACGCCUGUCAGUGGAUGGCGGUGUACCAAAGGAUCCAUUGGCUGAGUCACUCGGCAUCGAAUGGGCCUUUGCGAGCUCUACAAAACUUGACGACGACGAUCGGCAACUACGCGCAUUUCAAAGUUCGCGGCAGCGAUUCAAAUCGGGGACCAAGAUAGCUCGAUUGCUGAUGGUGUUUGGUGUCUUGCUGCAAAUCACUGGGGCCCAUCGUAGCGCACUAUAUGCGGUAGGACUGAGCCUAGCUCUUUGCAUCAGCUUGUGCUGUUCUUUAUACCUCGGUCGACGUAAACAUGUUGGAGAAGGAACAAAGCAACGAGUGAACCUCGGCACCUUCCUCAUCUUCGUACAACUCGUCUUCCAUAUGACACUCUCUCGACUGACUCAUGAGCUCCCUUUCGGUACAGGUACGGUUGGGCGUAUGGAAGUCUUUGAUGUCGUUUCAAUCAAUAUGGGGUGGUGGGCAAGAGGUUUGGAUAUAGGGAUGCUUGGAGUGAUCGUGGCAUUACUAGGGGUGGAUGGGUUGGCAUAGAUGGUGAAUGCUGGAUUCAUGUACAUUAUUUUUUUGCACAGGUUGAGAUGUCAUGUGUAUAUUGUGUUUUCACGUUUCUUUUAUUUCCUAGCUAAUAAAAUCGAUAGGAUGGGAAUGGACAGCUGCGAAAUGUGAAAGACUGUCU